UCGUCGUCUUUGGGGUAAAAUGGCUAAGAUUAUUUUAAAAUAUUCUGACAUAUUCAACAUUAUCAUGCAUUUAUUUCUAAUAAUUGCGAUUGGUUUGUGUGCUACACCACUCAUUUGCAGUGGGAAUGAAGUUGAUGAAAUAAUUGUAAAUAUUAAACAAGGAACUCUUCGAGGUAAACAACAAACUGGUGUCACAGGGGACAAAUAUUACAGUUUCAAAGGAAUUCCUUACGCAAAACCACCAUUGGGCAGACUAAGAUUUAAGGCACCUCAGCCACCCAAAUCUUGGAACGGUGUGAGAGAUGCAACAGAACAUAGAAACAGAUGUAUUCAACAAUUGAAUUUCAAUUCAGCGAAAGAAUCAGAAGAUUGUCUUUACAUAAACGUGUACACCCCAGAGGAUCCAAAUUAUUCCGCGAAUAAACUAAAACCAGUAAUGUUUUGGACACAUGGCGGCGGCUUCGAAACAGGGUCCGGUAAUUCUGACAUGUUCGGUCCUGAUUACUUGGUACAAGAAAAUAUAAUACUUGUAACUUACAAUUAUCGGCUGGGUAUCUUUGGAUUUCUAAGAGUUGACGAUCCAACUAUUGGAAUUCCUGGAAAUGCUGCGAUGAAAGAUAUGGUAAUGGCAUUAAAAUGGACCAAAGACAAUAUUUUAAAUUUUGGAGGUGAUCCAGACAAUAUCACCAUUGCUGGACUAAGUGCUGGUGGUGCAGCAACGAACUUACUAACAUUAUCUCCGUUAACAAGAGGUUUCUUCAAAAGAGCAAUAAUAGAAAGUGGUAGUGCUCUGGCCAUAUGGAGCAUUGUUUUGCCAGAAACUAAUCCACUAAAUGAAGUAGCCAAAAGUUUAAAUAUGUCCCACAAAAGUGAAAAGCAGAUAGUAGAAAAACUACACAAAUUAUCUGCCAAGGAUGUCAUAGCUGCUCAAAUACGAGUAAACUACAUUCCUGGUAAUCCAAUGAUUUUCGGCCCAACAGUUGAAAAAUCGUCUAAUGAAACGGCAUUUAUAUUAGAUCAUCCACUCAAUAUUAUUAGAUCAGGAAAUUAUAAUAAGGUGCCUAUUCUAUUCGGAUAUGUUUCGAGAGAAGGGAUGUUCUUUAGAUCAAGCGGGUUGAACUUUCUUAUAAGAGAUAUAGAAGACUUUAUUCCAUUUGCAUGGAGAAUUCCAAAAGGAUCUUCAAAAUCAAAGGAAUUAGCAGAACAAAUUGCAAAAUUUUACUACAAAGGAGAAAAGCCAACUCUGGACAAUGUUGAUAUAACAUACACGCUAUUAUCAGAUACCCAUUUUAUUAAUUCAAUAUUUCAAACCAUGAGAGAACAACUAAAAGUGUCAAAUGAAGAAAUUUAUCUCUACCGUUUCUCAGUUGAUGGUAGAAACAAUUUAGUGAAGAAGAUGUAUAAUAUAGAAUUACCCGGGGUCUGUCACGGUGAUAACAACUUAUAUCGAUUUAUGGAUACAACUGUCUCUCUUGAAGUGAUGCCAAACAGUGUAGAGGACCUGACAAUAAAAAGAUUCGUCAAAUUAUGCGCCAAUUUUGUAAAAUAUGGGAACCCAACAUUAGGAGAGAAGUCGGAUUUGAUAAACAUUAAGUGGGAUCCAAUCUCAGAAGAGGAAUUUACGUUUUUGGAUCUGGGUGAAAAUUUAUCCGUGGGGGUGAAUCCAGAUUUGCAUAGACAAUCGUUUUGGGAUGAGCUGCGACAGUCAAUAGAAAAUUGAAUUAAUAAGCCUAUGGAAAACUAAGAACAAAUUAUGUAAAUAAAAUUGUUAAGAACAUUCGAAAAUUAGUUAGGAAUAGAAUGCUGUAAAAGCCGUUUUUGUUAUAGAAAAUAUAUUUUUAGUAUAAAAAUCA